GCGGUGUCUGUAAAAAAUUAGCUCAAAUAGGCUUGUCUCUCAUCCUCCCUCACACGAUGAAUUCAAUUAUUGCGAUAAAGAGAAAAUGUAAAAGUGGUGAGUGAUUAAUUGGUUGAAAGGUCUUUCCGCCUUUGUUAAACUCCGAGCUGUUCGAUCGCUGCAGUUUUUAUAAACCGAUACCUUCAGGUUUCAUACAUCACUUUUUGAUCAAGAACAAAAAUGAAUAGUUUCACAAACAAAAUGUCCGUGUAGUGUCAGUAAUCGUUUUACAUAAUAAUUUGACAAAAACGAAAAAAAAAUCAACGAUUUCCGGUGUAAAUGGGACAGAGAAAAAUUGGCAGAAAUUCAAUCGGCGCAGGAUAUACGGUAGAUAAGUGAACGCUAUGGCUAUGCUCAUGACGAAGACCCGUCUAUGGGAAUCCGAAGAGUCUGCUGAAUCGAUACUAAAUUCUUACAAAAAUCCAAUCAGACCGAAAAUUCCGUGGAAAUUGAAACCGCCUGGAAAGGAUAAAUCAACUUCCCUCCCUCGCGAGCUGAAGGAUAGUCCGAAAAAGUUCAGUAAAAGUGUUAAAAGAACGAGUUUAUUGGCCGUUCCAAAAUCAAAGAUACAGGAUGCAAACGGCAAACUAGCCACGUGCGUCAACGGGGUGAAGAGGGCCGCACUUCUCUACGAGAUCACCGAGAGAACUAACAGACUCGCGAAGCCAAGAAUUAUUCCAGAUCCUUCACGUAUCGGUCAAACGUCAGGCGCGUCGCUUCCAAUGACGAAAAAAGUUAAGUUGAGGCUCAGCGAAAGAGUUAGCGAACUGUCGAGACCAAAAAUGACUUACGAUCCGCCUACGAAACCUGCUGGUUACAUCGCACCCGGCGCACUCAGGGCCGUUGCUACCCGGCGAAUCCUGGAACUCGCGACCCCAAGGAAAACGAGAUCGCAACGACGCCAGAAAAAGAAUUGGGCGCCUGUUCACGCACCCUGCAGUUCCAGAAUUACUUACUUGGCAAGGCCGAAGCACUCGAUUGAUCGCGGUAGAGGAAAGCAAAAAAGUUUCCUCAGGCGAAGCUUGCCCACACAGAUUUCCCUUCGAACAUGGGAAUUUCCCAGUACCCGAGUUUGGAAGGAAUUAGGCUACUCGGGGAAAGUGUUGAAGAGUUGCGAGAAGGAACGCAAGCUCUCGAGGCUCAAGGGUAGUGGUAACAAGUCCCGUAGAACUACGGCGAAAUCGAUAAAACCAUCUCAGUCCGACCAAAGCGUUUUCUCUUUCACUGGAAUUCGUCGGAAUACAACCAAACGUCGCGGUCGCAAAGCUAAAUAUGUUCGCCCCGCAAAAACGUCUCGAAUCAAGAAGCGUGGCAAAUUCUUAAGUUUCAAAUAACAAAUGUAACCUGGUAUCUUCAAACGAUUCUGCAAUAUGUCAUGAUAAUCCUGAACGUCUCUGCUCUGUAUAAAACUAUGCGAAUGUGAUUUUGGAUUUCGAAUGUCGAACUCACCGCAGAUAAUGUCGAGGGCGGCAAGUUUGGUGUACGGAACAACAUCGAAUUCCGGUUUGCCAAUUUCGUUCCUAAGUCGGGACACGAGAACGGCAGCUUCCCGGAUGGAGCUGCCAAGAUAUUUCUCGAUCACCCCGUUGUGGAAGCUCGGAGUCAACAGCUUCCUGCGUGCGUGCCAUUUCUCACCUGCAAGAAAUCACCAACCUGUACUAUCAGAUCUCACGAAUAGAUUUGUCGAACCGUCGUUAUCGGUUUUAUUCUUUUUUUUUUUUCUUCUCUCUGUACGGAAACUCCUACUACGUGUGCAUUUCGAGAUCAAUCAAAUAAAGUUUGACGAACUUUUGUACCCAUGAUGACUCGGUUUCCGCGCAAAAAUACCAGUCUUUGGGCCUGUGAGUCAAUUUUUGAAAGUUUACGGUACGGUCGCUAUCCACCAUCAAAUUCGUGCAAGACAUGCUCGCGAUACCGGAAAUCACUGUUUCCGCAUUUCUACGCAAUUAUAAAGCACAGCCGAGUACAUCUGUAGAGCGUGUAAGAGUUAGACGAGUGCAGAUGGCGAGUAUAAGCUUCCUGGAGCCUUGGGAAAAUUUGAAUCGGAGCCAGAACCGAUUUCGCGAUUGCAUACAAAGUCGGCGUGAAUCAGCUAUGUAGGUAUGCGUUCAAACGUAAGCCAGCCGGUGUUUCACUCGGUAAAUUCAAUUAGAAGUCUAUUUACGUGUGUUCCGGUAACUUUAACGUUUCCAACAUUUUUCCAACCAUCACGCCUUCGCUUCUCUUCGCAUCUCUCUCCGUCGCUAAAAUUCAAGUCACCCGUUCUCGGUACAAAGUAGAACGUCGCCGAGGGUACUUAUACCUGUGCGUAACGCUCCAUACCGUAAUUUAUAUUAUAGUUUCUGGCGCCGAGUCAAAAUUCCUUUGCACGAAAGAAAAAAAAAAGAAUAUAUACAAAAUAACGUUUGUAGAAAAAAAAAAAAAUA